AUGACCCCACGGGAGCAGCUGAGGAAGAUGACAGCGUUGGGAGAGCAGGGGGCUUUGGAUGAGAAGCACUGGUACCGGCUGGUCAACGGCAUGUCAGCUGGAGAACUGAGGCAGAGACAAGAGAUGAUAAUGAGGAACCAGAUGGCCAUGGCUCCACAGAUCCUCGCUCAGGGGCAGCAGAGGUUACAGGGGGUGCCACCGCAGUUCGAAUCUCGCUACAUGGAGAGAGAGCUGGUUCCCCCCUCAGAGAUGGUAGCCUCUGAAGCCAGACAGAUGCACAUGGGACCUCACCUGGGUGCACCUCUACCUCCCCAUGCCAAUGUUAUGCCUGGAAGAGCUUUCCCUGGAGCAGCUGGCUAUGGCUUCAUGCCCGCGGAGCCCAUGGAAACAGUUGCCCGGCGACAGGAGUUCAUUCACAAGCAAAACAUAGCCAGAAUGGAGAUGAAUGCCAUCCUGCACCAGAAGGAGCUGGAGAACGCCCACCAGAAAGGACUUAUGGGAAUUGAUAACCCUAUGGCGUACCCUUCCAACCCCAUGGGGUUCAGAGGUCGCCAGCGCAUGCCAGACGGCCACGAAGUCUUCGUCCACCGUCCCAGCCUGGAUGAACUGCACUCAAACAGCAUCCUCAUGUCAGCCAGCCCUUACCCACCAAUGAGCACGCUGCACAGAGAGCGGGGACGCAGGGCCGGUAGGAGGCCGACCGCUCACAAGAGCGCAGAGAGCCAUGUGUCCAACCUGAAGAGCCAAACUGAAGAUAAAUGUGUAGAGCGGAGCCCGGGAGCCACGUCAGGGGAGGAGAAAGAGGUGGAGGCAAAGGGGGACAUGGGAGAAGAAUGUGCCAUCAGCAAGACGCACCAUCAAUCAAAAAUAGACUCUGAACUUGCUGCAGGAAGCAGGAAGAACUACAAAGAGGGGGAGCCAGGCCUGCGUAAAGCCUGUGUGAACAGUCAAGAUGGGUCAGAUGUGGCCAAUAGCAGCGCAAAUGAUAAAGACAUUUCCAGCCAAUGUUCAGCUUUCCAGGAGAAAUUCAUGUAUCCCUCCGCUGGUGGAGCGCUCACAGGCAUGCCUUACAUGUUUCCAGUCCCUGGAAAUGGUUUCCUUCCACCUGGUCCACCCAAUCUCUUUCUUAACGGUGAUGAAGUGUCCGACGAUAUAAGGAAGUGGACGGUGAAUGAUGUUUACAACUUUAUCAACAGUAUACCCACAUGUUCAGAAUAUUCUCAGACGUUCAAGGACCACAUGAUUGACGGGGAGACGCUGCCACUCCUGUCAGAGGAGCAUCUACUGGACACACUGGGGCUCAAACUGGGACCAGCUCUGAAGAUCCGCUCACAGGUGUCCAGGCGUCUUGGCAACAUGUUGUACAUGAUGAACCUGCCGCUCUCCACCUCCACCCUGCAGGCCACUCAAGAGAAGCCUGUGGACCGCACCUCAGAGAUCGGCUCCCCUGUGAACUGCAACAGUGAGGAGAUGGCGGCAAGUCCAAGAGACCCUGAUGUCCUCAAAUCCACAGAUCACCUUCAGGAGACAGAAAACAAUUCCCCUCCAUCUGCCAGCGGUGAGACGGCCUGA